CUGUUUGCUGCUUAGUAAAGGGAAGGGAAGGCAGAUUGGGGGGUGGAGCAGGAGAUGAAGAGGAUAACAGUGCCUUUAAGCAUCCUUCAAAUUUCCUUGGGACCUCACAGUGAUCAGUGCAAUGAAGCUAUUGUCUACUAGCCAGUCAACCAAGAGAAGGAAGGUGUGGAUUCAGUAAUCUCAUCACCAUCAUCAGGAAGCAAAGAAGAGUUCUACUUGUCAAUGGUAUGAAGAAUAAAGAUGCAACGGAGAAAGAUCAAGGAAGGUGGCAACUUGAUCCCUGAUGAGCAAAAUGCAAAUGAGAACAAUUAUGGGAGCCUAAGCACAAUAAACUCUAUUGAGAUCUCCCAGCUGAAUACCGAAAAAUCAUCAGGCCGUUCUGUACACAGCACUCCAAACUUCUUCAGUGAUGGGAACACCAGGAUAGACUUUGUCCUUGCUUGGGAAACAGAUCAUCAAGAUUUGGAGGAGCAAACUGGAGAGCAUGAGAAGCAGACCCAGAAGCAUGGAAAAACAGUUGACAUGCACAGAGUAUGGCGGCAAAGUUUUCUGAACAAACUCCAGAAGGCAGGGUUGCGAAUGGAAACGCAUGUAGCCCAGAAUCCGAAAAAGCUGGUAUACUUUGUACUGCUGAAUGCCCCUUGGAGUGUGCUUUGUUAUUAUGCUGAGGAUCUCCGACUGAGGGUUCCCCUGCAGGCUGUACCUAAUCAAACAGUACUUAACUGGUCUCACAGACUUCUGAUAAAACUGGGCAUCCCUAAUAUUCUCUAUGAGGAGGUUCCUGACCUGCCCUUGGAUUACUACACCUGCCAUUUUAAGGCAAACAAAUUACCAUGGUUUCUUGGGAGUCAUCACCAUGGAACCUUCUUCAGCAGCACACAACGGCACAGAAUACUGUAUGAGAUUCUGGCCACCACAACAUAUGGCAAUCCAAAGGAAGGUCAUGUUGGUGUGGAAAGACUGCUGAAUGAAGAAGUAUUCACAGCUGCGUUCCCACUGCAUGAUGGUCCUUUCAAAAUGCCAUCAGAAAAGCUACCCCCUAAUGAAAUGAAUCAGAGACAGAUUCUUUUCCAUUAUUGGGCUCAGUGGAGAAAGUGGAAGAAAUACCAGCCUCUGGAUCACAUUCGCAGGUACUUUGGGGAGAAGAUUGCACUCUACUUUGCCUGGCUUGGUUUCUAUACUGGAUGGCUCUUUCCCGCAGCUGUAGUGGGGACACUGGUCUUUGUAAUUGGCAUCUUUAUGAUGUUUGAUGACAUACCUGUAGACGAAAUCUGUAACAGCGGUGGUAAAUACCAGAUGUGCCCACUUUGCAAAUCCUGUCCUUACUGGAACAUCUCCACAACUUGCCCAAUGGUUAAGGCAGGUCGCCUCUUUGACCACGGCGGGACCGUUUUCUUCAGUAUCUUCAUGUCUUUGUGGGCAGUCACAUUCCUUGAGUAUUGGAAGCGAAUGAAUGCCACCCUGACAUACCGCUGGGAUUGUUCAGAUUUUGAAGACAUUGAGAGAAUCGACCCAUCGGCUCCCCAGUUCACAGCCAUGGCUCCCAUGACAACUAAAAAUCCAAUUACUGGAGAGGAAGAACCAUAUUUCCCUAGGCAGAAUCGAUUCAAUAGAAUCAUUGCAGGAUCAAUGGUCAUCAUCAUGAUGAUUGCUGUCGUGGUGAUGUUCCUGAUUUCCAUAAUCCUCUAUCGAGCUAUCAUUGCUGUGGUUGUCUCCAGGUCUGGAAACUUCCUCGUCGUGGCUUCAGCUUCUCGUAUUGCCAGCAUCACAGGCUCAGUGGUGAACCUAAUCUUCAUCCUCAUCCUUUCGAGAAUUUACCUUGCCCUGGCACACUUUCUUACCAAGUGGGAAAUGCAUCGCACUCAGACGAUGUAUGAAGAUGCUUUUACCUUCAAGGUGUUUGUCUUUGAGUUUGUCAAUUUCUACUCUUCUCCCAUCUACAUUGCAUUCUUCAAGGGCAGGUUUGUAGGCUAUCCAGGACACUACAACAAAUUGCUUGGCAUCCGCAAUGAGGAUUGUGGACCAGGUGGCUGCCUCAUUGAACUUGCUCAGGAGCUCCUGGUCAUCAUGGUGGGAAAGCAAAUAAUUAACAACGUGCAGGAGAUCCUCAUCCCGAAGGUGAAAACUUGGUGGCAUAGGCGGAAUCUUCUGUCGAAAAACAGAUGGAGCAAGGAAGAUCCAGAAGGACUCAUGAAUCCACUCUGGGAGAGGGAUUAUGAACUGCUUCCCUAUGAGGGGCUCUUUGCUGAAUACCUGGAAAUGGUGCUGCAGUUUGGUUUUAUCACCAUCUUUGUGGCUGCCUGCCCACUGGCACCUCUCUUUGCCUUACUCAACAACUGGGUGGAAAUACGCUUGGAUGCCCAGAAGUUUGUCUGUGAAUAUCGGCGGCCAGUUGUGGAGCGAGCCCAAGGCAUUGGCAUCUGGUUCAAUAUCCUGGGGGUCAUCACGCACCUGGCAGUCAUCAGUAAUGCGUUCCUGAUUGCUUUCACUUGUGACUUCCUCCCUCGGCUGUAUUACCAGUACACUCGUGCCAGCAAUUUGCAGGGUUAUGUUGAUUUCACCUUGGCCUAUGCCCCCAAAUCAUUUGCUUUGGAGAACAAUGCUACGUGCAGAUACCGAGCAUAUAGAGAAGAGAAUGGCAGGUAUUCACUAGUUUACUGGAAUCUACUGGCAAUUCGACUUGGCUUCAUAAUUGUAUUUGAGCAUGUAGUUUUCUUCAUUGCACACCUGAUAGACAUGAUGGUGCCCGAUAUCCCAGAAACAGUGGCGAUCAAGGUGAAGCGAGAACAGUAUCUAGCAAAGCAAGCUCUAGCUGAGAACAAGGCUUUUGUUGAGGCAAUAGAACCAACCUCCACAGCACAGUAGCUGAGUCCCUAGUGGGGGGCUGGAGUCUUGGAGAGAGAAAGCUGAAAUCUGUUUGGUCCCUGUGAAGACACCAAACAUCUGGAGGAGAAAGCUCCAUCAAAAGAAAACCAGAAGCUGUUGUCAAGGCUCCUGCAAGUGCAGCAGUUUUUGGAGUGAAACAGGCUCCAACUGCUGUAUCUCGAGAGCUUGAAACUUUUUAAGUCCUCCGGAACUUUGCCUGCCCACUUAUCACUGCAGCUGAGUAAAAUAUUUCAGCAGUAAAAUUACAAGUCAAGGACUGAUCGAUUAAUCCCAACAGCUCCAGUUUUGCCUUUGCUGUUUGUGCACCAGGAAUGAGCCAUCGGUUGCCUUCUUCACAGGAGCCUGACUCUCUGUAAAGUAUUGAAUUUUAGGAGUGAGGGUUGACAAGUGCUGUCCUCCACUCUUGUUUACUACCGAGGGAGGCCUAAAGUGUAAUGCUUGGGUUAGGUGACAGGAUCAGUAGAGAAACUUUUCAUAGGCUAAAGAGGAUUCUGCACACUGCACUCCGGAACAUGUCGCAUAAUGCAAGAAUAAAGAGCUGCUUCCUUUACUCUCAGCCUAGGCUGGAGCUGAGCCAAGGAAUGAGGCUGUAGCAGGGCUGAUUACAAGCUUGACUGGCAAGUGCACUCUCGUCUUUGCAUCCAACAGGCAGCUUAAUCCAAGGGCCUAACUGCCCCCGAUGGAAUGAAGAGCUUGCAUUCCUUCACCCGAAAAGCCUGAUCUGCCCCUCUCUCCUACUGAAGCAAUACAGGAUGGCAAUAAUUACCUUCUAUGUCUGUGUUUAAGGGCCACGCUAAAAAUCCAGAGACUUUGAUCUUAAUCAUGCUUGAACGGUAUUUCUGAUAACGGACAGAAACUGUCAUGCAUUCAAUACGAAUGACAAAAAAAGCAAGUUCAAAAGAACUUGGUUAGAGUUAA